UCCGCAGCAGUUAUACCACGUGACCUCAAAUAUAUAUAUGUUAUUCUAAGCGUCCAGCAUACAGCAGAGGGUUCGUUUUUCUCGGCUUUGAUGUACUGAGAGAGAGUUAUGAAAAAAAACGACGGUUUGUGGCGUGGUUGAUCUUGCGCUCAAAAGUGACUUGAUUUAUUUAUAAGUAGCGAGUGGAAACUUAGCGAGUUUGGAGAGUCUUUCUCCGUGCACUUUCCGUGAUUUUUCUGUCCUACAGAUGAUGAAGGAUUGUUGUUUUGGUCCAGUUAGUCUCUCAGAGACAAACUCAAGCCAUAUCAAUAUCAAGCCUGCAGUAUAGCGCAUCUGUUUACAAGGACCGGUAAGACAACUCUGUGUAUACAUCUGUAAUUGACGUGGACGUUUCUGCUCCGGAGGAGGUUGCACUUCCCCCGGUGUGUCUCAGAUGAGAAGGAGGAAGAGGAGGAAUGACGAAGUUCAAGGCUAAUCAAUGUGGACAACCUUGGCAGCAAAGAAGAAAAAAUAAUGUAGAGACAGCCGGCGUAGAAGUUUUAACUAACAAGUCUGACCAAGCUGGUUUGAAAACUGCAGAUAGCAUAGCUCUUAAUCAUUCCAUAAAACCGUGUCCAUUCACUUUUUUAACAGCUGUCAAGCGUAAGCUUGAACUUGGCAGAAAUCAUUCUACUACCAAAAAAGCUUAUGAUUCAGAAGAAAGUAGAGAGGUACCCGAGGGUACAAUGAACUUUAUAAAGCCUCUGAAAGUUCCAGACCUGAAGAUCUCACCCAAGGCUGAUUUCUCAUCAAGAGAAAGUCUUUUAUCAAAUGAAGAACUGUCGAAAAAAAUUGAAGCUGCUCAAAGAGAUGGGAUGUCGUCAAAAGUUACCGAAAGAGUACCCAGAAAACUCGAGUUUUCUUCAUCUAGUUCCACAUCAUUGUUAAAUUACGAAAAAAUCGAGCCUCUUCAAGUACCAGACCUCACAAUAUCCAAGAAAAAAGAUGUCUCCAGAGAUAAUUCGCGGGAAAAAGAAAACAGAACCAAAAGGGUGAAAAAAGACGAUCCUCAGGAUGUAUUGAAGUGGCCGGAAAGUCAGAGACACAUAUCUAGAAAAGAAAUUGCCGAGUCCAUAGUCAAUAGGAAAUUGAAAAACGAUCGCAUUUUGUCACAUGGUCCAAAAGUCAGUGAUGCAUUUUCCAAACCCAAAUCGAAACCCAAAAGUUUCAUUACUUCUACAUCCCGGAAAGAUGAUGAAAAGCGGUAUAAGUUGACCAAGGUUCCAUUAACAAAGUCCAAAAGCAAAACUUUAGAAUCCAGAACUAGUACGUCGAGCAGCGAGUCAUUGUAUCCUGUGGAGAAAGGGACACGAUUACACGAUAAGAUAUUAAUUCGCGAAGGUUACAAGGCUAUGCUUUCAGAAAUCACUGAUCGUAAGCAUAAAGAGGACAGUCAGAUGGUAAACACAUCGAAACAGUCGGAGGAGCAAAAACACAAGUCACAUUCUGAAGCAAGGCCGCUGAAGCAUCAGAGCAAAUCGAGUCCAAUAAAAACCAUAGACACUUUGACGCGAGACCAGAGCAAGAGAAUUUUGGACAAGCAAAAGUUGAUGAAAGCCGAUUCCAAACACUCCUCCGAGAUAAGCGAAGACCUUACUUCCACAGCUAGUCUUUCAAAAAGUCAAAACUUUGCUACAGAAACAUCCUCAUCGUCGACACUAAAAAGUAAAGACGUCGUUGAAAGAAGUCAUUCAGGUAGCAAUCGUAACAAUGAGAAUUAUCAAUACUCUGAUGAUGUUCUGACCGCGUCCGAUCUUAUUUCCAAUAACAGUAUAAUUGAAACAAAAAUUUCACAAGAUAGUUCAUUGUCUGAAAAGUUGUUGGAUCCCCUUAGGAUAUCUUUUAGAGACACGAGCUAUUCAAACCAGGCUGAGUUUGCUGAUUUGAUUACACCAGAUAUGAAUUUGACGAUUCGUUCGUCUAAAAGAAGAAAGGCUCCAAUUGGAAGGGAAAAUGACAGUGAUGAAAAAGAUUCCAAACAAAGUUCGUUAAAGAACAGUCAAGAUAGUGAACAGUCGCUUAUGGGAACACAACGACAGUCGGCAUUACUAGAUUCGUUUACCGGAUCGUUACAGCAGACGUUAGAUACCGACAGAUCGAGAUUAUCCAGUGACGAUUCAAAAAGACUCACAGCAUCUUUGUCAAAUGAUAAAAAAGACAACGAGUCCAAAAAAAAUGAAAUUACUUCCAUGGAAAUUAACAGUGAUGCUAAAAAAAUAAUCCAAAAGCCAGCUGUCAAAGUAGCAGAGGUGCAAACGCAAACGGCGAACGAUAUCGCGACGCAAACGGACACAAUGUUUCAUCAGCACAAGACCGAUAAUUCGUUGGUGUGCUCCAGAGUAGUAACGAAUAAAAAUGACAUUUUUGGCGUUUCUUUGGAUGAGAGUAGAUGCGAUGGUGCAGUGGAUCGUAUCGAGAAUAUUUCCAUGCCAAACAGAAUGAGAACAACAUCCGAGAUCAGCAUGUACGAAACGACUUCCUCCAUAAAGACAGAAACUGGCACGGAAAUCAGCAUAUCAACUCGAGAUGUCACUUGUUCUUUCAACAAAUAUUUAGACCUUGAGAUGGCGCAGUUGAUAAAAGAUGAGCGUCAGAGAUACGAUAAGAUCGAAAUGCUUUUCAAAUCACGCGAAAAAACCUUGAACGACCGAACUAAAAAGUUGAUAAAACUCGAGGAGCAAAAGCGCGCGCUUAGGGACACCGGCCAAGACAGUCGGAUCAGCUCGGUCAAGAAGAAGCAGCGGGCUCUGUUGCUUAAGCUUCAGCAGGAGAAAGAUGAAAUGAACAGGUUGAAAGAACUUCACAAAAUAGCUAGUCAAGAGAGAAAACUUUUGUUGCAAAAGCAACGUGAUAUGUUUAAUCCUGAAAUGUCGACAAGAACCAUACUUAACAAGUUAAAACGAAGCGCUGAUAGUCAAUCGCCGAGACGGCUUUCAGGACCCAUGAAGGGAUACGAUAUUCGUAGUAACUCGUCGAUAAGUUCGCUAGUCGAUUCCGAUAAGUCACAGCUUGAUCGUUCUCAGUUCGAUUUCAAAAUGAACUUAUCUGAUAUCUCGCCCGAGAAUAAUGACCAGGCGUGCUCUAGAUUAGAAGCGGAAUCCGUUCUGAGACAGGGGAUACAUAGUUCGGAAAAUACAAUUGAUAAAAAGUCGUUUAAAGCCGAUAGUGUUAAACAACAAAAAGACAUUGCUGCAGCAGUAAAGCUCAAGUAUGACUUGAAGGCACGAAAGUUUGAAGAAAAAAUGCCCAAGGCGGAUAAAAUGAAGCAGUACGACUUGGAUCUUGUGUUGAGGCACAACGUGAAUGUGAGUCAAGAUGACGACGAUAAAUCGAUUUCGGAACACAUCAAGUCGGAAUCUGACGCCAUCAUUGAAGAAUUCGCGCAAGUUUUGAAGUCACAGUUUCCCAACAUUGACUCAGAGUCGCUAACCGUUUUGGAAGCUCCUGAAACCAUAGAGGCAUUUAAAAAGAUGCAACGAAUAUCGUCGUCCUCGAGUAAAAUCGAGAAAGAACCAGCACGCAAACUGCAGCAACAGCAGCAGCAUCAAUAUGCGCUGUCGGAUAAAAAUGCAAAACGCAAGGGCUUGAAGAACCAGAAAUCCAAGUCUUCUCAGUCCGAAUCCAUCUCAAAAUCGGAAGAUUCAAACUGCACCGACGACAUUUACCAGCAUCUCAACAAACGGUCCAAAAUCGACAGCGACCAGUUAUCAGACGACAAUUACCAGAACUCGAUGUUGGAAGAACUUGACUUUAACGAGAGUCAAAGCUCGCUGCACGCUCUGUUGAAGCACUCGACUCUGCUGAAAGAACGAAAUCGGCAGAUAUUGCAAGACAUCAACGACGAGCGGAACAACGCCGUAGCUGAAAACUCGGAGAGUCCGCUGUCGCAAAAGGACGAGGAAGAGAACGUUUUGCUGGGCAACACGUCGGCAAGGUCUCAGCUCAGUCUUACGAUAUCCCACCAGAGUUCCAACGACAGUGACCGAAGUUACUCGAGAUCGGUUGUCAUCAGAUCACAGCAGGACCAUCACCAUCACCAUACCACGGGCUUGAAGAAUUCGAAAAAACUCGAGCAAAUCCUGAAGGCUCGCGAGGCCACGCUCGUCUCAAGGCGCAACUGCGUCGAGGAGUGGAUCGCCUGGCAUGCGCGGCUGCGCGAGGAAGAAAAUCGCGUAGCACGGAUGGAGCAGGCCGCCUACAAGCUUGUCAGUGCCACCGCCAAAGCUCUGUCCCACAAUGACACAACGGUUUCGUCGGACACGAGCGACGUCGAGGGCCGAAUCGAGCUGCUCACGCAAGAGUUGGCCGAUCGCCGAUUGGAGAUGGCGCGGCUGAAGAAGGAGGCCCGUAAAAAGGUCAAGCAAAGGCUCAGGGCAGUCGAGGCUAAUUUAUUGAAUCAAAUUAAGAAGUACGACGGGACGAUUCGCGAUAUGCGCAAGAAGCUGGACUCGAGAAAGGUGUCCUCGAAGGAGAUAGAGAGGCUCGCGGGUGAUCCAAAAUCGGUUAUUGAUUUCAAAGUGCCUGAAAUUCCCAUCAAGAAGAUACAGGAAAUUUACAAAAACAGCGACUUGCUGCGCUCAAAAUCCGAUUCCGACGUUAUAUCGGCAAGAAACUACGACAGGCCGAAAGCCGACUCGACGAGCACCAAUGACGUUGAUAGGGAUUCUUCGAAGAGCAAGAGCCCGGGCGAGCCGUCGUCGGUUGCUAGCUUGUAUACUGUCAACGAUGAGCUCGAAAAUGAACUGUCGGAAAAGUCGGACGCGAGUGCGGUGCAAUCGUACAAAACGAAAUCCAACUCGGAAGAAAUCGCGACGCAAAACAGUGUGAUCACGGAACGGGAAGUGCACGAAAUGAAGAGAUCAUCGUCGCAGAGCAGCAACAUUUCCGAGGAGAUUCCGAGCGAAAGUUAUUCGGUCAGAUCGCAGUCCGGACACGUGCAAACUCCGAAAAUUUCGGAAGCUGUGUCGCCUCCGGGUGUGUUGGAGCACAGUGCGGGUACAGUCUCCAAAAGAUAUCCGAUGGAAGGUUCUAACAUCGAAGAAGAAUUAUCGCCCGAUUAUGAUGACACUUCGUUGAUAUUUUCUAAAAAGUUGGAUCACAUUCAGUUACAUAACAAAGAGUUGAAUGAUGACAUUCACAAUUUAGAAAGUGAUCUGAAAGCUUUGACAGAAAUGAUGUCGAGCUUUGGCAAAAAGACGAACGACAACAGAUCGGAUUCGAUUGAUCAAAGCCACAGAUUGUCUAAAGACACGGAUAAAAGUACCUCGAAGGACGUCUCCGAGGAAUUGCCAGUAUCCGAAUCAAACUUGAAAAUGAACACUAUUGACGAUGAUUUGCAUGCUAGGGUUAAGAAAAUUUUGUCAGAUGUAGUUCCAGAAACGGAUGAUUUAGUCACUUCGAUUGAGGAACUCGAUGUUCGAGCUCAAACGGUAGAAACACCUAAUAAAAUCACAACAACCGAAGAAAUUUCUACUCACGUGGCUUCUCCAUCCAUUGAAAAUGAGAAAGUAUUCGAUACACAAACUGAUACUAUUAUAUCAGAAAUAAUUGUAACUGCCGUUAAAGAAGAUCAGGACAAAAUUUCUCCUGAUGAAUCUCGGCAUUUAGUGCACAUGUCAUCUAAAUCUUCAGACGAAUUUAUCAGUGCUCAAAAAGACGAUACAUAUCGCUCGGACUCUGAAAAGUUCACUAGUUAUCAUAUUCAAGAUAAUAAUAGUGAUGAAUCAGAACUAACGAGAGGAGUAGUUUCUUCGGAACAAAUAGUAGCAUUGAAAAUUGACGAUAAAAAUACUGCCGAAAAUGAAAUUCACACUGCUGUGGAAGAUAAAAGUAUUGAAACUGGAAUUUCUACCACUGAAAAAGUGUCUCCGAUGGAGAUAGUAAUUUCAAAGACUGAUAACGAAGUAGUUAGCACAGAUUGCAUUCAAACAGAUGAUGCCGAUGUGUGUGUGGAAGAAAUCAAACCAUCAGCAGCCAAAGAAAUUUCAAUAAACCAUAUCACAUCCAAAGCCGAUGAUAAGGAAAAUAUUGACAAUGGAGCUCACUCGGCAUCUGAAGACGAAGACAACCAAGACAAAGUGUCCACUGUUGAGGAGGUUAAUCUUGAGACUGAUGAUUCAUUAAAUAAAACGGCAGAGUCGGAUGACUGGGUAUCAUCUGAUUCCUUUGACAUUCAAAAUUUUGGGAACAAAGACUCGAAAGCUGUCGACUUGCAGCCAGAGCGAAGCACGAUUUCAAAAAUGAACAAAAGCGAGUGUCAAAACGGGCUCAGCGAUAUGGAAGACUCGGCUCUGUUCAUUCCCAGGGGUGAGUCAACAAACAUCCAGGAUACCUUUGUGCUCAAGCUCGACGAGACGACUGAAGACAUCGGUAUUCGUUCGAAAGAAUUCAAUGAUAUUCUUGAUAUUAUCGAAAAGACAGAAAUCAAUGAAGAUCCCAAUGCAGUGCUUCCAGCUCCAGCAAUUUUAGAAUUAGAAAGUCAAAAUUUGCAGAAAGCCGAUGAAAUAGGUGAAAGUCCAAUCGAGCAUGAGAUUUCAAUCAUAAAUAAGUCCGCGGAUGACGUAUCCGAGAGCAUAGAAGAAGAUAUCGAAGGCAAAAACGAUGCUAGUAAUUCAGAAGGGUUGGAAAAAGAUCAAUCGCCGGUUGAUGACUAUUUGCCAAAAAUAGAAAUUGGUAUUGAAAUUCAGCUCGUCGACGAUGAAGAGGAAAAGAGUAAAGAAAAGCUUAAAUUGAGUUCUCCAUUGGAGCAAAAUGAAGUUCAAAUGACAACCAGUGCCAAAGAAGUAGAAACAGAAGAUCGAGGAAGUUCGGAUGGUGAGCAGCUGGAUAAUUUGGUGGAAGUAGCUGAGACUACAAAUGAUACUAUAGAAAAACGAUCGUUCGACGAAGAAAAAUCAGCUGGAACGGAAGUGAAGAAUGUUUCUACCGAAACGUCGAAAAACCAUGUCACAGUCGUCUUGAACAGGACGUUCGAGGUCAUAAAAGAUCCGGAGUAUGAAGACAUUUCGGAAGAGAGCCUAGAAGUUUCGGAGAUUCUCGACAAGUCAGAGCGUGCUAGGCGAAAGCCGAAAAAGUUCUCAAAGGUACCCGAAAAGUACGUGAUCAAGUCGAAGUCGGAUGAAGUAUUGCGUAUACUUGAUGAAUUAUCGAACAAAUCUACGGUCAGUUUUAAAGAGCAGAAUAAAGACGUUGGUGUUGGGGAUAAUGAUAAAAGUGAUGAUUCCAAGACCGUCGGUGUAGAAGUUUCACCGGAAAAAACAGUUGUCGCGUCUCCAGAAAAGUCUCCUAGCGAAGUCAGAACAAAGUCUAGGCCCAAAGUCAACUCCCCGGAAGAAAUUGCAGAAGACGAAGCUAAAGGACCCAAAAUACCUGGUGAUGGGGAGGAAACUUACCUGCCAAAGGACGUUCCUAAAAAUGCUGCUGAGUCAAGCUUGAGCGAUGGCAUGGACACACCGAGUGGCAUCUCCGAAAUUGACAUGGAUUCACCUAAAGGUGCCAACGAUAAUUCUCGAUUGGACGUCGAUAUUCUGGACGACGAUCUUCUGAGUGGAAAUUCGCUGCUUGUACAGUCACCGGAGAACGAAGCAAAGACUGAAUUCCACACGAGGCCGAUGGGGGUUAGCUCUGAAAAGGAUAUCAAGGCCAUGAUUCACAAGUUGCAAGCUUCUCUGGAGCAACCAGGAAUAGAGUACGCGGCCCUCGAAGCCAAACUCCUUCAGAUAGAAAAUCUGAAAAUCGAGCUGGAGGUAUGGGAAAAACUUAUAAAAAAACUGGAAGCCGAGGAGGUGUCGUACUACUUCCGCGAGAUCCCGAACAAGCCGCCCCCUCCUUACACUCCUCCGGGCGCGGGACGGCUGUCCACUAGCUUCAACGACUCGCCCUCGCCGCCGCCGUCGGUCGUGCCAGCGAGCGCCGAGGAGCUCACGGUCAUCACCGACAGGAUCGCCGCGUUUAUCUACGAAGCCAAGCAGUCGGGUGAGCACCUGCCGCUCUUGGAGGCGCCGAGCGAGAUCUGCGAGCUGAGCAAGGACGAGCAAGGGGCCAACGACAGCAACGAGCCGCUCAAGAGGGACCGGCGCAUCUACAACACCUUUCUCUUCGACCUGUGCAAGGAACUCGUCGUCGACCUGUACCAGAGCGAGUACGAGGAGUCCAAGCCCAGCUGGAUGCAGAUCACCGUGAAAAGCGGGCCGAGCCUCAAGGUGCCCAGGUCACUCGAGGAGCUCAACGAGUACGUGUCGAAGGAGGUGGCCACGCUGCUGGGCUUCAAGUCAAAACCCCAGCGUGAGAAUUUGGUCAUGCGUUGGAGCCGGAAACGUAGGGACAGGGUGGACGAGCUGCUGGCCAAGGAGGCUCAGCAGGAGGAGAAGGAAUGGACCACCUACGACUACGAUGGGCUGACCAUAAAGAACGAGCUGACUGCCGCGGUGCUCGACAACCUCAUCACCGAAACGAGCAGGUUCGUCAAGGCGGCCUACGCGAAGAAGCGCCGGCUUGCCGAGGUGACGGACAUUUGUUCUGCUCAAGUGCAAGCUGCGCGGUAAGAAUUAAUUGAGUCCUUUUUUUUUUUUUUCCCGUAAGUAAUUAUCUCUUUUUGAAAAAUAUCUCGGAGAUGAUCGAUUGUAUUUGGUACAAUUGGCAAUUGUAAAUAAUUUUGCUGUUCGUCAGCGAUAAUCAUUGUGAAAUGUGAAUUGUACAUUUAAAACAUUUUUUUUUUUUUAUUCACGGAUCAGUGAGGGUUUGUCGUUUUUCUUUUUGCUUUUGAAAAACCGAGCGUUUAAACAUCGAAAUCGAAAAAUUGAAUAUUGUUGAUUCAAUCAGUACCCUGCUGCUAAGAAAAUAUUUAGGCAGUAGAUUGUUUAAAUUUACGGUUGAUAGUUUUUUAAUGUACAGUUGACAGGAAAAAAAAAAAAACGGUUCAGCAUUGCGUUAUUCUUUCUACGUGUAAUUGUAUGCUGUCAUCAUACUGCUGCUAAGUUAUUUUUGAAAAUCCAAACGACACUUUUGUCAACUGACACAUACACAUAGGCUGGUUCCUAUUCAUUUUUUAAAUGUUUCUUUCACUUUUUUCCGAAUUCACAUUAGUAUACGCGUGUGCUCUCCACAGGUAGUAAACUAUGUAGAUAAAACAGCAUCCUUAUAAAUUACACGAUUUCCAGACGUACUGACGAGAGAUCAAUACUUUAACGUCACUACGCGAACGCAAUCCAAUGCAACUCCGAUACGAGUAAUAAAAGUAUUUUUUUUUUUUUUCAUGUUUAAUGUACGUAUCUAUUGUAUAUUUGUUAGUUUUGCGAGACUGUAAAUUAAAGACCAUGGGUGCGAGGCCUUGAGUAUAUUCUUUAUAAUUGUUAUUUUUGAAUGACUCGAGGUACAUUA